UAAACAUAAUUUUUCAAAUCAUUACACAGACCAAUACCGGUUAUCAAUCUAACUGUGAACAUGUAAUUGUUACCCAAUUUUGCUUUGUGUGUGUGUUGUUGUUGUUGUUGUUUUUAAUAAAUUGAUAAAAUCAAAUAUCUUCUAUAAACGUCACGUAGUUGUACAUCCCCCGAGCUAAAACGAUAAAUUUCUCGCUCAUUUUUCAUACAUUGAUGCGCCCUGCCGCAUUACUGCAUCGCCUUGAAACUCAGUCAACCACGUAAUUUAAGCAAUUUAAUUAAGAUGGAUUGUUAAAUAGGGAAUAUUUCGACUUUGUUUACGUUUCUGUUCACUUUGCUUCCUUCGUCAGAAGAUAUGUUGAUUUGUGUCACGCCCCCUUUCGGAAAAGAACUAACGAAUUCUCUGUCGGAUCACAAGAGGCGUCUUGGCACAUGAUCUCACUCUACAUAGUUGGAUGGAAUGGCUCGCCUGUCGUGUUGGAUGAUCGCCCUCUUUGUGAUAUUUGUAAUUAGGUCACUCCAGGACACCGACGCACAGGUCACAGAAUGUGUGAAAGGCACUUUCAAUUUUGAGGGAAGCUGUGUUGACUGCAGUCAAAAUUGUUACCAGGGACUCUGUGACGUCAACAAUGGAUCAUGUUUAGAUGACUGUAACCAAGGCUUUUAUGGAGAAAAAUGUGAGAAAAACUGCACAAACUGUAAAUACAAUAUCUGUGACAGAUAUCAGGGAUCCUGUAAUUUUGGAUGUGAGCCCGGUUACUAUGGUGAUUUGUGCAGAGAUCGUUGCCCUGAGAACUGCAUAAACGGCUGUCUUAAUGAAAACCGAUGUCAAGGUCUUUGCAAAUCCGGUUACUAUGGAGAUGCUUGUAAGACGCCAUGUCGAAAUUGUGUAAGCGAUUCUUGCGACUCAACGUCAGGCCAUUGCACCGAAGGAUGUAAGCAGGGAUACCACGGAAAUAAAUGUAACGAUCGUUGUAGCGUCAACUGUAGAGAUCAGGCUUGUGGGAGAAGAACAGGUGCUUGUUUGGAAGGCUGCAAUGACGGGUUUUAUGGCCAAACGUGCACAGAGCUAUGUAACCCAAAUUGUAAAUCAUCCAGUUGUGAGCAAGAUGGCGGGUUGUGUCUGGAAGGAUGCAAGACAGGGUGGAAAAAACCAAACUGCAGCGUUUGUUUGCACGGGUGGUAUGGUGAAGAUUGCGGAAAGAAAUGCAAUGUGAAUUGCAGGAAUGGAUGUAUGUCUAAAACGGGAGAGUGUGUGAACGGAUGCAGUAUACCAGGCGUGCAGCCUCCUCUCUGUGAUAAAGUGUGUACACGAGGUUCGUACGGCAUCAACUGCACCAGCCCCUGUAGUCCAAAUUGUUUUGACGGAAUCCAAUGCCACCCGGUGAAUGGGACGUGCUUAAAGGGCUGCAAGCAGGGAUUCAAGGGACAUAAUUGUGAAAGUGUGGAUGUUGCGGAUGAUGAGGAUGAAGACACCACAAUUAUUGUAGCUGUUGUGGUGGGAAUUUUACUGGUCAUUCUCAUAAUCGUCACGGUUAUCGUCCUCGUACAAAGGAAAAGAAAGCAGCAAGAUGAACAAAUAAAGAAUACGGAUUCUGAAAAAGAAAACCAUAAAGAACGAAGUUCAAUGGACACAAAUGAGGUAUUUCUCAAAGACAUUGGUAACGACACUGCUAAAAACACGGAUGGACAGGUCAUCGCGGGUAAUGGCGGUGAGACUUUGUCGGAACAUGGUACAGGAGAUUCUUUCUAUCAAAACUUCCAUCAAUUUUACUUCCUGUUUGCUCGAGAAGGAUUUAAGAUUACUGAUCUAUUUUGUACAAGAAAACAUAUGUUGAUGGAAGAACUAUUAAGAUGUUCGCCAUUUUUCCCAGUAGGUUUUAUUUGGUUGUACCUUCAAGGUUUAAUAGAUGCCCAAAUUUCAGGUACCUGUAUUAGAGAUGAAGAUUUUUGCCCACGUUAUAAAAAAACGGAAUGUGCUAAACUGAAUUUCCGAAACAGAUGUCAGAAAUAUUGUGGAAUUUGUCCAGAGCGAUGUGAAGAUUGGUAUGUAGAUUGUCCUUCUAUUGAUUGCAAAGAGUAUGAUGUGUACUGUAGAAAACACUGCGGAGUUUGUACAGUUUCCCAAAAGACAACACCGUCUUCAACAGGACAAUUUAAUCCAACGACUCCAAGAAACACAGUAUGUAAAGUCGGGCGGUACAGAUACACCGAUGUUGGAGGCACACGUUGUAAGAAGUGUCCCAGUACCUGCUCCCGAAAAGGAUGCGAGUCAAAUGGUCAGUGCGUUAGCUGUGAAAAGGGUUAUUUUGGCGCCGAAUGUCGCCACACUUGUGGAAAUUGUAUAAGUGAUACAUGUGACCGUGAUGACGGUGCGUGUCCCGGGGGAUGUCGUGUUGGAUACCACGGUAGAGAUUGCAGGAAGAGAUGUGCUACAGGUUGCCGUGACAGUUCGUGUAAACAAGAGGACGGGGCGUGUAUAAACAGUUGCAAUGCGGGAUAUUUCGGGGAGGAGUGUGUUGACAAGUGUGGACAUUGUUUGGGCGGAGGAUGUAAUAGAUCUACCGGAACAUGCCCGAGAUGUGACGUAGGCUGGGACGGACCGAUGUGUUUGAAUUGUCAACAGGGCUGGUACAAAAAUCAGUCCAUCUCUAACUGUGUAGAAUGCCCGCAGCGGUGUCUAGGGAACGUAUGCAAUGAAAAUGGAGUUUGUGAUGGGUGUCAACGUGGAUUUUAUGGAAGAAAAUGUGACAGCCAGUGCAAUACAUGUCGGGUAUUUUGCAAUCAACAGGAUGGUGCCUGCACUGAAGGAUGUAUAGAAGGAAUGUUUGGCAAAUAUUGUAGGAAUUAUUGCAGUGAAAGAUGUUUUGGAAGAGUAUGCGAUCAAGAAAAUGGACUUUGUAACCAAGGUUGUUUAAAGGGCUACUAUGGGGAGGCAUGUAAUCACACGUGUGGCAGGUGCGCGGACGGUGAAUGUGACAGAAACAAUGGAAAAUGUAGAGGCUGUAUGCUUGGUUGGAAGGGAGAGAAAUGUGAUGCGUGCGACCAUGGCUAUUGGGGGGAAACUUGUGAAAAUAACUGUAGUACCACCUGUGCCAAUCACUCUUGUACACGAAGUGGGAUUUGUACGGAUGGAUGCAAGGCCGGAUGGGAGGGCCCUAAAUGUGAAAAAGUCUGCAGGGAGGGAAGACACGGACUCCACUGUAACCAGACAUGUAGUCGAUACUGUAGCGGCGGUUGUAAACCAGACAAUGGACACUGUCGUGAUGGAUGCAAUAUUCCCGGCAUUCAACCACCAACAUGUGAUCAAGAAUGCCAUCUUGGAACGUUUGGCGAGAACUGCAACGAUACCUGUAGUGAUAACUGCCUAGAGGGCGCCGCCGAUUGCAAUCUCGUCAACGGAACCUGCGCAGGAGGAUGUAAAACUGGAUACGGAGGGCAUAACUGUAAAACUUCUUUUGUAGGAGCGUUUAAGGAAGAUGAAAGCGAGACUGGUGUUAUUGCCGGAAGUGUAGGAGCAGUUAUCGCUCUUGUACUGUUGGCGACCUUUCUUCUGAUAUAUCUCUUCCGUAUAUCUAAAAGAAGACGAAAUACACGAGAUAGAGACAGUUCAAAAUCCCGGGAACCGGAUGUGGAAAGUAUAAAAGCACGAAAUAUGACGUAUUCAAAUAUAGAAAGUGUUAACAACAUUCCACUUGGUCACGUGAACAAUGUUUAUGACGUAGCAUUGGAGGAGAAUGUAUACUACAACGCAUGCUCAGUCUGUAAGGACAUCCGGAUAGUAGACAUGCCAGAGAUUAUCAGAGUGAUGGGGAUUAAUGACAACAAGGAGUUUGUCGAGGAAUUCAAUAAAAUACCAAAUGGAGAGGAACAUCUAUGUGUCGUUGGAAAGUAUCCUGAAAAUAUUCCAAAAAACAGAUUUAAGACCACUUUUCCUUAUGACCAUUCCCGAGUUGUACUGAAUGUAGAUGAACAUCACAAGUCUGACUACAUCAACGCCAAUUUUAUCAAGGACACGAAAGGCCGCCGAUCAUAUAUCGCAAGUCAAGGUCCCAAAAGUAACACGGUGGCCGACUUUUGGCGAAUGAUUGUGCAGGAAAACGUUUCGCAAAUCGUUAUGUUGACCAAUCUGAAAGAAGGUUUAAAGACAAAAUGUGAGCAGUAUUGGCCUGAAAAUGAAGAAUGUAGGAAAUUCAGCAACCUUGUCAUCACCUCGAAAAGUGUCAAUACAUAUGCUUAUUACAUUGUACGUCGACUAACCUUAACGACAAAGGAGACGUCCAGAACAGUAGUUCAGUUUCACUACACACACUGGCCGGAUCAUGGCACUCCGGAUCCGCUCCAUCUAAAUGUAUUCCAGAGUCACGUGAUGCGGACUAAUUCCUCUACAGAUAAACCUAUUCUUGUCCAUUGCAGCGCUGGGAUCGGGAGAACCGGCACAUUCAUAGCGCUCGAUGCCCUGAUCAGAUCGGGAAAACAAAGUGGGUCUGUCAACGUCGUUGAGUAUGUAAAGGCCAUGCGAGGGGAUAGGAUGUCUAUGAUUCAGAACGUGGGGCAAUAUGUUUUUCUCUACAAAGCGUUGAAUCAUGGACUACAAGAAAAUAUAUCCCCUGUCAAGAGAACAGAUUUUAUAUCUUCUUAUGCUGAAGUUUCAAAGGAAUCUGGAGAUAUUAAUAAUAACAUCAUGUAUGAGGAAUUUCAGCGACUCGGUAACAUAAAACCUUCAUAUGAAGCAGAUGACUACACAACAGGGCAAGAUCACAUGGAGAUGAAUUAUGUGAAGACUGUGUUACCAGUGAACAAGUAUGCGGUGUGUCCAUCAUCAUUUGUACCAGGAAGAGCAAAUUACUACAAUGCCGUUAGUAUUUCGUUCCCAGUAGAGGGAGCUGCAGUAGACUUAAUACGUCUCCUAGUGGACCAAGAUACGACGUUACUAGUCAGCAUUCAUCCAAUCAGAAGUAUCGAAGAGAUAUCUUCCUGGGUGGAUAUGACAAAUGAAAGAAUUCAGGAACCCCCUUUCGAAAUUGAAAAGGAAACUCAAUGCAGUAUAUCUAAAACCGUCAGGAAAACGACAUUAAAGAUUUGGAAGACCGAUACAAAUUCCGAGCCUCACCGUGUUGAAGUGUACGAGUUCCUGACAUGGGAUCUUAACGAGCUUCUGCCUAGUGACCACAUUGUCCUUGUUGACAUGGUUACACAAAUCCAGCUGGACCGCGAGAAGACGAGCGAUGGCAAAGUAUUAAUCCUGUCCAGGGACGGAGUAACCGGAUGUGGGAUGUUCUGUGCUGUGUAUAAUGCCAUACAACAACUACAACAGGACGACGAGGUCGACAUGUUUACCGUCGUCCGGCAGCUACAAAUACGCAGACCGGAAAUGAUAUCCAGCUUGCAGGAAUUCAAAUUUUGCAUUGGUGCUGUGGAAGAAUACUUGAACAGGGACAAUGUGUACGCAAAUACCUGAGCCGAGUCUGGUGUGUCCAUUGGUGAUCUUUUGAGACAAUGGGUCACUUUGCUAUUUUUAGGAUUCCGUUUGAUCAGUGUGCAUUGACAACAUCACCAACUGAGAUUUAAAACCAAAAUGUUAUUUACAAAACAUUGAAUGUAUAUAUCACUGACAUGCACUGACAUGCAAGUCUAAAUUAUUAUCUGAUGCCGUCAACUGCAAAAUAAUCCAUUCACAUAAUAGUACAUUUUUAUUCAUGAUUAUAUUGUCUUACCAUUUUAUCUCGUUACGUGAAGCAUUGCGUUGUGAAUCAGUAAUGCUAGUUUGAAUGUAUAACCCCGCUCAUCAUUCGCUAAACAACUUGUUUAUUUUUCAAGUUUGUAAUAAAAAGAAGCUUUAGAGAAUCAA